AUGCAGUUCUUUCAUCAUCAAUUCAAUAAUGGUUCAAUUAUAUCCAAUAAUGGUAUCAAUAAUAUUCAUUUAUCUCGUCAAUUAUCUUUGGUAGAUGAUGGUCCUUUACGUAUUCAUGUUGGAAACAUUCCAUUUAGUUGGUCCGAUAAACAUUUACGAGAGCAGUUUGAUAUUUUUGGCUCAGUUGAUGAUGUUGAGGUAGUUUCAAAUGCACAAGGAUCAAAAGGCUUUGGAUUUCUUACAUUUCUUCGGCGACGUGAUGGUGAACGUGCUAUGCAAGUUAAAAAUGGCACUAUUGCUGACGGACGGAAAAUAACAGUCUCUUUGGCCGUCGCGAAGAAUCAUCCAACUUCAUCUCUCUCAUCAACACCACCACACACACCUGCUCGAACGGCUUUUCGAUCACUUUCAACUAAUCGUCCUACUUCAUUAUUCACAGCCUCAUCAUCUUUAUCACCUGAUGCACCAAUGUGGAUGCCAUUAACACCACCUUCCUCGAACACGUGGCAUCCAUCACCUGAACUAGAAUCGAAUCUAUGGAUUAAUGCAUCUCCAACUCCGUCAUCUAGUCCACUUUCAACGCUCUUUCCUCCAUUAGUUCAAUCACCACAUGCUGAAUGGUCCACCGACAAUGAAAAUGUAAACAAUAGUUGGCAACGAACAAAUACUGAACCAAUAAUCAAUGAUAAAAACUGUUGCAAAUAUUGUCCACACUGUGGUCGCUCAAUUUUUCAAGUUACUAACAAAUGA